UGAUGUGUCAAAUACUGAUUAUACUGUGAACAUUGUGAAUCUAUGUAAUCUCGAUUCUUUGCCAAUUAAUGCGUGCAAUGUGUACAUUCAUGAAUAGAUAUAUUUAAUUUAAUGAUAUAGUUCAAUCGAAUACCAUCAUUGUACGUGUGAAGUGAAAAUGUAGCUCUGUCAUGUUCAUUAUUUAAUCGUACAUUUAACGUCGUAAUAAAAAUAAUGUUCCGGCUUAAGAACUUCGCUUCUUUACUUCUAGUCUAUUUAGUGUUCGUUCCUAAUUUCGUAGCACCUGAAGAUGGCACGGUGUACGAAUACGAUCCCGAAAGCUUCCAGCGGCAGAUUGAAGAUAUGAAUGGAAACUUUAUUAUGUUUUACGCACCUUGGUGUCGACAUUGCACGGACUUCCAGCCAAUGUGGGCUGAGUUGGCAGAGCUGGUAAACACCAAGGAAUCCGAGUUUGCCAUUGCCCAGGUUGACUGCACUAAACAUGCAGGGUUAUGCCAAGACAAUGGCAUCACUGGCUACCCAACACUUUUGUACUACCACAAGAACUCAUUCCUACCAGUGGAGUACAAGGGCACGCGUGACCUGCCCUCUCUCACCCUCUUUCUCAGCGAAGUCUUCAAUGCUAAAUCUGAGGAGUCUAAUGCUAAGAAAAGCCAGAGUAGUGAAGUUAAAUUCUACAGCGGUAUGGCACAUCUUACAGAUCACAAUAUUGAGAAGUUUGUGGCCAAAGGGCAACACUUCAUUAUGUUCUACGCGCCAUGGUGCCAGGCUUGUCAGAGAUUGGCUCCAGUGUGGGCGGAGUUGGGUGCGCAUUACGCGCACAACGAGUACAUCCAGAUCGGCAAAGUGAACUGCAUGGACAACGAGCUGACCUGCGCCACCUUUGACAUCAAACAGUACCCCUACCUGCUAUGGAUCGUGCACGGACGAAUUAUGGGAGUAGCCAACGCCGAGACGCUGGAAGACCUAAAGGCCUACGUGGAGAAGAUGCUGCUGGCGGAGAACCACGACCCGGAGAAGUUCAUGAAGAAGAAGAAGGCGUUGCCCGUCGCGCGCAUCUCCGAGGAGACCUUCGAAAUCUUCAUGGAGAAGGACCUUGUGUUCGUCAACUACUUCGCUCCCUGGUGUGCGCACUGUAUGCAGCUAAGCCCGCUGUGGCUGAAGCUGGGCGAGCGCUUCCAGAACGAGAGCCGCGUGCUCAUCGCCGACGUCGACUGCGUGCGCUCCAAGCCCAUCUGCGAGACGGAAAUGAUAAACGGACUGCCAACGCUGAUCUUGUACAAGCACAAGAAGAUAGCGCACGUGGAGCACGGCGCGCGGCCACUGGAGAGCCUCGUGGGGCUCGUCACGGAGCACCUCGCCGCGCCCAGCGAGCCCCCGCCCAAAGACGAGUUGUAGCCAAUAUUCACUCACCAACAUUAUUGUUAUGUAAAAUUUAUGUUACAAGACUAUCGCUAAUUGAUUUACUAUUAACCUUUUGGACGCCAAUGACCGCGGGUUCAACGUCAAAGACUGAUUAAUCGGUCAAAGACCACAGAGCAACAUAGACCUACGUGCAUAUGCAUAAAGUUCAAUUUCAGUUUUGACACUUGCGUGACGUGGCGUCCGCGUGAGAAUCAAUUUUUUGUGUUUGACACGGCGUCGAAAAGUUUAACCCUUGAAGUCCCAGCCAUAGACAAUGUCAAAAAUAUCUCUUAAGUUUUUGACUGACUGUUCUUUAAGUUGGUAUUCCACCUGUCCAAUAUCUUGAUCACAUUGGUGCAUUACGUCUCAGUCUUCUCACUAAGCAAAAGAUACAAAUACACAUCAGGCAGGUGGAGCACCCUCACAUAUAUUUUGUAUUAAAUCGCGUCCAAAGGACAGAGGUAUCUAUACUAUCUAUUUUGUAACUUCAGGACUGGAGUGGUUAAGAUGCGUCCAGAAUUGGCAAAACUUGCGCUCUGCACGCGCGCUUUACACUCGCCUCAUACAGUUCAAAAAUACACACGACUCGUUAGCAAUAUUAUUGAAAAUCGUUCGGAAAUGGCACGCAUCUCGUUUUUACUCUUGAAUUGUGAAUUUUACGUAACAUUAAUUAUGUGUUCUAGAAGCGAAAGAUGUAAGUGAUAUAUUAAAUUAUUUCAUCCAAA